CAAUGACCGAGGGAGCUGUCACGGGUUGGCCAGAGCCGCGUGUUUACAACUCCUUCCACUUCUAGGACUGCAGAGGGGUUAAAGCGAGAGGUGUGGAUUGACAAUGCAGUUUCCCUGUUUACCUCAGUCCAUCACAAGUGGUUUUGUUGAGGAACAUUGGGUAUGGGACGUUCAUGCAAAGUCACCAGCAGUGCAACUUUCUCCUUGUCGGAGAGCUGUUUACUUCCAUAUUGAUCCCAUCGUGCAAAGUGAAGGUACAGCUGGAGUGAGAGGAACCAAAGGUUUCAUCCAUGGAGAGCAUUAUUGGGAAGUGAAGUUUCUUGAACCCCCCUAUGGUACUUCUGUGAUGGUGGGUGCUGGGACAAAACAAGCUCUGCUACAUCUUGGGAAUUAUCAAUUUAGAAACAUGUUAGGAAUGGAUUCGGAAAGCUGGGGCUUAUCUUACAAAGGUACAGUCUGGCAUGGUGGACAAAGCAGGCAGUACACUGAACCAUUCUACGAGACAUCUACGAUCAUAGGAGUCGAUUUAAAUCUGUAUGAUGGUACUAUGGUCUUUUAUAAAAAUGGACUAAAUUUGGGGGUUGCAUUUACAGGCCUCAAUGAGGUUGGAGUACCCCUGUAUCCUAUUGUCAGUUCUACAGCAGCAGAAACAGAACUUCAUCUGGAGAUGAGAAGCUGUCGGUUUCUGUCACUGCAAGAACAGUGUUUAUACACAGUCCUGCAACAUCUGGUAGACAAAGUCCACAUAGACACACUGCCAUUGCCUGAAAUCAUCAGAAGACAACUUAAAGAAUUCUGAGUCUGGCAGAAAAUUUAAUUACCAAGUUUACUAUGCUCGAGAAAGUGGCUUCUGCAGUCUCCUCUAAAACUUACAUGCUAUGAAUUCACAGGGGACAAAACUAAAUAUAAUCCCAAAACGUUAAUGUCGUAAUGUAGACUUUGUCUUAGAAAACAAUUAAGAAGAUUGUAUUCAUAUUUAAAAGUGUUUAUUGGAGGAGCAUGAGUUAGAGAAUGCAUUCCGUAUAUUUUUUCAUUCUUUUUGGACUUCAAAUGUGCUAAUGCUUUCAGUCAACCAAAGAUGUCAGACAUGUUCACAAUGAAUGACAAAGAAGUAUUUGUUUAUGAUCAAUAGUCGGAAUUAGAUAAUAUAUUUCAAAGUACUUCAUGAGAAAUAUAAGAAUGGAAGCCUUUUACCAAAGACUGGGACUCAGGACUGAAUCAUUUAAUGUUUUUGCAAUGCAAGGAUAAUCCAAGAGACGACAGAAAAGGUAAGUGAAGAAGUAAACUUGGUGGGGACCAGCGUUCCAGCAUUUUAAUUAUAUAUAUUUCUAGGAUACACUAGGAAAAGUAAGUAAGAGUUAAAUGAUUUACUAUGUUCUUAGGACCAGAAUAAGCUGUAUGACAUUUAAAGACAAUAGGAGUGCUGAAACCUACAAAUUUAAUUUGCAUAGUUAGGUCACAAUAUUUUACUGGCCAAACAAUCAAAUAGUGACAUUUUGAAAAGGUAAUACAUUCAGCCUUCAUUUUAUUAGCUUUUUAUAGCCAACCUUUUUUUUUUCUUUUUUUUUAAUUU